UUUCAGAGAAGUUGAGAGGUUUUGUUUUUAUUAAAAGAACGAUGGCUACAAACGAAUUGAAUGACAACGAUUAUAAUGGUGUGAAGAGAGGAAGUCACUCGACUCAGGAAGGCAAAUCAGGGGCACAGAGCCUGAUCAAAGACAAAAUACCCGAAGACAGUGGCAUGCGAGUAGAUUCGCUUAGUCCGGAUGGCCCAGUCAGUUUGGGUGAUGACAUAAGUGUUGUAAUCUACGAACGAAGUUCUACACUACAAGAUUCAGGGUUACCCAACAUUGAACCAAAUACAUUCGAUGAACCAUGUGCAAGCUCAACAUAUAUGGACAACAAAACCCUUGCCAGUGCGAAAGAAGCAUUAAUGGAGUUCGGUUACGACUUUACCGACGACGAAGUGAACGAAGCCUAUAAUCAGUUAAAACGCACAAACGACAUUAAAAAGUACAAGGGUGUAGCUGACAAACUGAUUCCCAUUAUGGAGGCAAAGAGGGAGGAGAAACUACCCGAAAUCAUAGCCAGUGGACAGAGGAAAAUAAAUGCGCGGUCAUGAAAGGGCAGAGUGAAGAGGUUGUGUAUGUUGAUAGCAAGAGAAUAAUACCAGAAUUCCCUCCCUUUUGAAAAAGUAUAAUCAGCGUUACAAUUUUUUCAUUGAAUCAGUAUCACUAAAAUAUUGUAAGUCAGAUUUUAAUUGAAUUAUUGAUUUCAUAUAACUUUUGGAACUCUUAAUUUAUACGUCAUUUAGAACCGAAUAAUAUUAAAAAAUGAAAAGUAAAUUUCAUGAGAUAUUUUAUAUGUGCAUAUUUGAUUGAAAUGAUGUAUAAAAUGACUUAAUUGAGGAUAUGACUUAAGAUCUGUUUUGAUAGGUGAUGAAAUGGAGACGUACAUGUUUGUUCAAUGUAAUGUUCUACGUGUUGUUACUAUUAUGUUUUGCUUUUUUAGAAAGUUCGCAAUUUGUUCAUCUUUAUUUAAAUUGUAUACAGUUUUUCAAAUCAAACAUAGAUAAAAUACGUACUAUGAUUUUUAACGUUCAAACUAUUAGUAUAAAAUAUAAAUCUAACAGUAACUUUCUAACAUUUUAUGUAAAUAUACUAUUCAAUACCAGAAACAUAUAAUCAAUCAUAUACAGUUUAAAUAUUUCAAUGUAAAAAUAUGUUUACAGAAAUGUAUUUUCUUUUCGUUAUUGUUCAGCUACAAUUGAUUCACGGACUUUACAACUCACAGCAAUCGCAGCGCAAUUCUUAAUUCCUUAUUCACAUACAAUAUACCGGGUAAAUACUGAAGACAUUUGCUCAUUAUGUUUCAACUAUUAUUUAUUGUCAUCUUUAAGGUAGAUGCAAUAACACAUCUUUGUUCUAUACAACUGGGUAACAUACAAAAUCGCAGCUUGAAACGGAUUUUAUAAAAUUGUAAUGAUUGUUAUGGUUGCCAUACGAUAUCUGUGCCAUAAAGCAUAUAUGCUACGUCGGAAGGCAACAUUUUGCUGAAAAUGAAGAAUUAAAUCAAAGAUAACUUUUUACUACACCAUUUAAUAUGAAACAAAAUGCAGUCUAUGCCGCUUAAAAAGCUCAAACCGGAGUUUGAUAAGAUGAUUAGUUUAAUCAAACACUUCGACAAACUUGUUUCCAAAAUAAUGUUUUGACCGUGCUCCGUCAGACGGCCGUAUUGGGAAAAGGUUUGUCGAAGUGUUUUGAAAAACUAAAAUCUCAAUCAAACUCUGGUAAAAUACCAAAGGCGAGGCUAUGCAAGCGGCGUAGACUGUGCUAUGUUUUAUUAAAAAUGGUGAAGAAAUAAGAAAGUUAUCUUUGUUUAAAGCCUUCAUUCGAAGCAAAAUGUUGCCUUUCGACGUAGCAUUUAUGACUCAAUUUAUCACGUGGUAUACACACAGUGUAUUGGAUCACAACGUGUUCUCAUCACAAAUCCACAAAGGAGGUAUUUCGUACUUUAGAAAAUACUUUCAGCAGUUGUUUUGUAUUGUUUAAAUCAUCUCCUAGGUAAGAAAAUAGCUAAUAUGAUUCUUAAUUUAACCACCUAAAGUGAACAAAUGAAAUUCCAAAGGAUGUUUCAUAUCAGAAUACCCUUUUUUGCAUACUAAAACCGAACAAUUGAUACAAUGUAUUUUUUUUCAAGUGUGUUCAUAGCGCUCCUGGUGUGUCCCGCUCUGAGGAUUAUCAUUCCGAAAUCCAGACUAAGCAAAUAUAACUUAACAUACUUUCUGAUAAGAAAAUACAGUAACAAUUUAAUUACAGAAAUCUGCUAGGCAUAUUGAUUAAUACUUGUCUGCCAAGUCUGGUUACACUAUCAGAAGAAUAUCAAAUAAGAACAUAAUUUAAAUCUCGGUAGAAAAUAACAGGAAAAGACGUAAAAUGUUUCUGGCUGUAUCCAAUUCUUAUCAAUUAUUGAGUUAAGCAUAACAUUAUUUAGUUCUUUGCUAGUUUUAAAAUUACUGCGCAAGUACAUGUUUUGCUCUCAGAUUACCUUUACUUAGACAAAGCGCAUUUGAUUAAAGUUAUAUCCCAUUGCAUGUUCGCAUAACAAUUAACGAAAGUCUUUAACACAUUCAACAAGUACAUUAAUAUAAUAUUUCUGUGAACAAAAGUGCCUCUGUCAAGAGUUUAUAUAUGGAUUUAUUUUAUUAAGUAGUGGAUGAACUUUAUGGGAAUCGUUUUCAUCAAAUUAUUUUUAAAGUUAAAUGUUGUUGUAUAAUUAAAAUGUUUAUAAAAUAUAAAAGUAUUUUAUACCUUAUUUUGCAAUUCGAAUUUAUUCUAGUCAGUAUUUAGCUUUUUUAGAAAAAAGAAACCAAAGAAAAACAUUUUGGAAAUUGAUGAUAGUAAAUAAUUGUAUAAGAGUAGUAUGAAUUCUUGUUUCUAUAUUUUCAUAAUUAUUAUGUUGGAUUUGUAAACUAAAAUAUCACCGUUUGAAAAUCAAUUUCAGCUGACAAAGUGUCUAUUUUAUAAAAAUGGUUAUGGUUUAACAUGUUUUUGUUUGUCACAUUCGUUUGUACUGAACAUUUCUUAAUCUUUUAUGUUUUAAUGUUCUUAAUGUCAUUUUACUAUCAAUACUAGUUUUUUUUUAUCAUUGUUAUAUGCUAUCACAAAAUAUAUCCAAUUUAUUCAUUAAUAUUAAUGUUAACACUAAUGGCUGAUUGCCUUCUUCCAAAUGCCUUAAUUUGUCAUAUUUCAUCGCUCUUAGAUAUUGUUAUUAUGUUUUAUUUUAAGUACAUGUAUUUGAUAAUGUUUUUUAUAUGUAUUACUCUUUAGAAUAUGUCCAUGUAUUCUUCUACAUUUGUUUUUGUUGGUUUUUUUUCGUUUUUUUUAGGUAAAUUUUAAAUUAUUACAUGUCAUGAUGUUUCAGGGUAUUAGAAAACUUAAAAAAGAAGAAAGCAUUGUGACAAAUUUGCUAUUGAUAUAACAGUUCUUUGUCUGAGUUGUAAAUGAGUUUAAUCUCAUAGUAAGGCAUUUUAAAUUACCAGAGUUGUGGAUAUUAUUUGCAAAAGUUUAGAAAAGUGAAUUAUUAUCAUUUUUGUCAAUCAAAACGUCAAGUACAUAAAUAUUUACAGAUAUUUUUAUUUAUGGCAUGCCAAAUUGAUUUAUUUUACGCUUUAUCGGACGUGUAUGUUUUCAGCUUACAAAACGAAACUACAAACAUUUACCAACACCUUAAUCAAGCAAAGAAAUAAUAUAUAUUGUUUAAUGAUUAAAGUUAUUGUGAUCUGUGUCAAAAAAAUAUAUCAUAUACAGAGGCACAUUCAAUUUUCUUGAUAAAUGGACCUGCCAGUGUUUUGUGAUGCUUUUUUUAUUUUUAUUUGUUGAACUCUGCUAUAUCAAGGGCAUUUGAUGCAAAUUUAAAAGUUUUUAUUUAUUGUAUGAUACUUUGUUUCAUGGUGGGUAACUAGGAUUUGAAAUUGGAACCUGGUGCUUAACAUAGAAUAAUUUUGGCCUUAUUAAUUACAUUUUUCCAGAUGUGAGAUUUCCUCUCAACAGCAUGUUCAAAGUGAAGAGAAGACAUAUAAAUACAACCUUUUUUCUGUUUUAAGCAUUUCUAAGUAUUUAUUGAAAGCCAGUCUAAUUUAACCUAUUGAUAUUAUGUAAUGAGAUACAGGUUGGAGUUAUUUUUAUUAUUGUCGUAGUAUUCGUUUUCACAUGCAUCUCAUGAUUAUCUCGUUUGCUUUUGCUUUCAACCUUUGUCGUUAACAACCGGAUAUGUACGGUUUUUAUGAAGAUACAAUGGAAACUACAGGGAAACGCCGAUAAGCAACCCCCCCCCCCCCAAUAGCUGUGAUCUUGUGAAAUGACACAAUGAUAAAAACAUAUACUUGGAUUAGCCCUGUAGUUUCCAUUGCAAGAUCAUGCUGGGUUAUACUUAAGUUCGUAAACAAACUGUAAGUUGUAAUGCCAAAUCUAUACGUUACAAGACUUGUUGUGGUUUAAUUGUCUUAUAUUAUCAGGGGCGGAAAGGGGUGCACCCCAGCUUCCGCUAGUGAUUAUCACUACAAAUGUUGAAGUUUACAUGUUGCAUUUAUAAAAGAAUACACAUGCAAUUGUUAUUAUGCAUAAUAUUACAUACUGUUUGAACCACCUGAUAAUGUUCAUCAUAUUUGAUGUUUACAACAAAACAUGUGUGUGUAUGUUUAGUAGAAAACAAUUUUGCUAGUAUCAGUUAUCACAUUUUUUAGCCUAAAUACAACAACCGUGUGUAUAUGUCAUACAUGUUUUACAAAGUGGUCUCAAAUAUUGAACAUAGUCAAAUAAUGAUCUCGUACUUUUAAAUGAACUUCCAUUUCAAAUUCGCAGAUUUAAUAACUUGAGUUUAACACAUGACAAUAGAGAGGUUGUGGAACUCGACAUGUACGUGUACUUGUACAUGUCUCUCCACGGAUAUGUAAACGUUGCAAUGGAGUUUUAAAGUCGUUUGCGAAAUGUAGUUGUUGGGUCGUUGAUAUUCGCUUUAUUCAAUUUUCUCUUGUUAUCGCAUAUGCCGUUCAAAACUUGUGCAUUAUACACAUUCCUGGAUGACGAAGUGAACAAAAAGUCACCCACAAGUACACAUACCCAUACAAGUAGUGUUUUCAAACCUCUCUAUUAUAUUAUAUAUACAUUGUCAAUGUAUGGAUAUAUGUGCGUAUGUACUAUUUCUGUUCUUCAUAUCGAUGUGUAUACCGUUGUUUGUUUAGUAUAUAAAGCACCUUUAAUGUAUAACGGUGCAUAGUUCAGCUUUUGCACAUUUUGUAUUAAUUUACUUUAUUUUAUAUGCUUGCAGAUGUAUGAUUGUCAUUUGAAACUACUGUUCCUAUAAAAAUUCCAAAUUGAUUUUCAAGCAUUUUUUUUAAAAAAUUGCCUUAAAUAAAAAAAAUGUUACCGUAAGAAACAAGUUCAUAUUGGGCACAGCUCUGGCAAUUUUGCUUACAAAUUGCAACUAUUGUAUACUCUUUUUUAAAUCUAACCGUUUCAAUUCUUUUCAAUAAAGCAAAUUUAUUUUUACUUUGAAUCCUGCUGAAAUACAGGCAUUUUUAGAAGAUAAUUUUUAUUUUGUUCUUUUACAGAACAAUGCUUUUCUUUUUACUGCUAAAAUGCAUUCCUGUUAAUAUCUUGUAAGAACAAUAGGAAAAAUAAAAGGUAUUACUGGAUUUGCAACAAAAUAACUACAUUACCUCUAAUUGAUUAUUGAAAUGGCAGUUGAAAAUCCAAAAAGUUUAUUCCGUUGUUAAAUUUAGAAACGCCUUAAUGCAUAUGUUAUCGCUUAUUAAUAGAAUAAAAUCAUCAAAUAUACUUUGUUCUUUUUAUAUAUUUUUUAAAAAUGUUCAAAUGGAUAAUCUUGAUGUACUUUUAUACAAAGUUAACUGAGAAACACUGAUAAUGGUUGUAAGGCAUUCUUUCGCUUUAGAAAAUACACAUACAAGUUACACAGAUUACCAUUGUACUAUUACAUGUACAUGCCAUCAUUAAUGAGGAAAAAUUCACAGAAACAGCGCAAACUUAGUUGUUUUGAUUAAUGACCAUUGGAAUGAAUUAGGCGCAUGUGAGUUUGGUUUGUGGUCACCAAGCCGGACAAGUGAGUUUUCUCCAGGUUCUCCACUUCACAAUACCACACUCCCACGUAACAUCGUGCCAACGAGAGUGAUUAGUAUAAUGUUGUAAAAACUUGUUUCACAAUGAAGUAAGUAAAAUAAAAAAAAAAGAUAUUUGGACAUUUUGUUUCAUAAACGUUUCUUUAUCUGCCUUUUUAUAAAGUAUUUAUUUAUCUUUAGUUCUAGAUAUUGGGCACAGCUCUGGCAAUUUUGCUUACAAAUUGCAACUAUUGUAUACUCUUUUUUAAAUCUAACCGUUUCAAUUCUUUUCAAUAAAGCAAAUUUAUUUUUACUUUGAAUCCUGCUGAAAUACAGGCAUUUUUAGAAGAUAAUUUUUAUUUUGUUCUUUUACAGAACAAUGCUUUUCUUUUUACUGCUAAAAUGCAUUCCUGUUAAUAUCUUGUAAGAAAAAUAGGAAAAAUAAAGGGUAUUACUGGAUUUGCAACAAAAUAACUACAUUACCUCUAAUUGAUUAUUGAAAUGGCAGUUGAAAAUCCAAAAAGUUUAUUCCGUUGUUAAAUUUAGAAACGCCUUAAUGCAUAUGUUAUCGCUUAUUAAUAGAAUAAAAUCAUCAAAUAUACUUUGUUCUUUUUAUAUAUUUUUUAAAAAUGUUCAAAUGGAUAAUCUUGAUGUACUUUUAUACAAAGUUAACUGAGAAACACUGAUAAUGGUUGUAAGGCAUUCUUUCGCUUUAGAAAAUACACAUACAAGUUACACAGAUUACCAUUGUACUAUUACAUGUACAUGCCAUCAUUAAUGAGGAAAAAUUCACAGAAACAGCGCAAACUUAGUUGUUUUGAUUAAUGACCAUUGGAAUGAAUUAGGCGCAUGUGAGUUUGGUUUGUGGUCACCAAGCCGGACAAGUGAGUUUUCUCCAGGUUCUCCACUUCACAAUACCACACUCCCACGUAACAUCGUGCCAACGAGAGUGAUUAGUAUAAUGUUGUAAAAACUUGUUUCACAAUGAAGUAAGUAAAAUAAAAAAAAAAGAUAUUUGGACAUUUUGUUUCAUAAACGUUUCUUUAUCUGCCUUUUUAUAAAGUAUUUAUUUAUCUUUAGUUCUAGAUAUUGGGCACAGCUCUGGCAAUUUUGCUUACAAAUUGCAACUAUUGUAUACUCUUUUUUAAAUCUAACCGUUUCAAUUCUUUUCAAUAAAGCAAAUUUAUUUUUACUUUGAAUCCUGCUGAAAUACAGGCAUUUUUAGAAGAUAAUUUUUAUUUUGUUCUUUUACAGAACAA